UGGGAAGGGGACUCGCGGGCGAGGAGGGGACUGUGCGUGGGAAGGGGGCUUGUGCACGAACAAGUUGGGUGAGUUCGUUAGGGCAGGUGGGCCCUGCUGUGCCCCUGGGGGCCUGGGCUGUGAGCAGAAGGCCUGGGAAUGGGCAGGGCAAUCCAGAUGAAAAGAGUACCAGGAACUCGCUUCCAGCCUAAUAAAACAUGGAGAGGAAAAUCCCAUCCCGAGAGAGCCCCAGAAGACUCUCGGCCAAGCCAGGCAGAGGAACAGAGAUGAAAAAAGGAACUCGUCAACUCGGCUUGGUGGCUGCAGAGUCAGAUAAGGACUCUGGAUUUUCAGAUGGGAGCUCAGAAUGUCUGAGCUCUGCGGAGCAGAUGGAGUCCGAGGACAUGCUGAGCGCCUUAGGCUGGAGCAGAGAAGACAGGCCACGGCAGAGCUCCAAAGCUGCAAGCAAUGCCUUCCCUACACUGUCGCCCAUGGUCGUCAUGAAGAAUGUUCUGGUCAAACAGGGCGGCAGCUCGUCCCACCUCCAGUCGUGGACUGUCCAGCCUUCCUUUGAGGUGAUCUCCGCACAGCCACAGCUCCUCGUCCUUCACCCACCCGUGCCGUCUCCCGUCAGCCCCAGUCACGCCAGUGAGAAAAAAUCAGACUCCAGAAACUACUUGCCCAUUCUGAAUUCUUACACCAAAAUAGCCCCACACCCUGGCAAAAGGGGCCUUUCCCUCAGCCCAGAAGAAAGAGGCGCAAGUGGAAUGCAGAAGAAAAUCUGUUCCGAGAGACCGGGGCCUGGCCUGUCUUCCAGUGAGCCACCCAAGACUGGCGCGGCACCAUCCAGCCCCUCCGCUCCGGCCCCAGCCAGUGCCAGACUCGCUGAGGACUCGGCUCUGCAGGGCGUGCCCUCCCUGGUGGCAGGUGGAAGUCCACAGACUCUUCAACCUGUGUCCAGCAGCCACGUGGCUAAAGCGCCCAGCCUGACCUUCGCGUCCCCCGCCAGUCCUGUCUGUGCGUCAGACAGUACUCUGCACGGCUUGGAGAGCAGCUCUCCCCUCUCACCGCUAUCCGCCAAUUAUAGCUCACCCCUGUGGGCUGCAGAGCAUCUCUGCCGCAGCCCGGAUCUCUUUUCCGAGCAGCAGCAGAGCAAACACAGGCGCUUUCAGAACACCCUGGUAGUCCUACACAAGUCUGGUUUGCUGGAGAUCACUUUGAAAACCAAGGAGUUGAUUCGUCAGAACCAGGCAACUCAGGUGGAACUAGAUCAGUUGAAAGAGCAAACCCAGCUGUUCAUAGAGGCCACCAAGAGCAGGGCUCCUCAGGCUUGGGCCAGGCUGCAGGCAUCUCUGACACCUGGGUCCAGUCAUUCUGGCAGCGACCUGGAAACAUUCUCUGAUCACCCAGACAUAUAGCCCAGGAAGCAUGUCCUCCAGAGAUUUAAUGAUUCUUUUAAUUCUUGCUGUUCCCUGCAUCUGUGUCCCCAAGCUUAUUUAAGAACUCUUCCUCUUAACUCACUCACGAAGCCAUGUGCUAACCCGCAGCUGCUGUUUUCACCUGUGGUCUGUGCACAGGUUAUGUAUGUCUCUGCACCAUUGAGGACCUCCAGUUCCAAGUGUCUUUUAGUCCCUUUUCCUUAGCCUGAAAGCACAUAACUGGAUCACAGGGCAGAGCAAGGGAGGUGAUCGUGUGGGACUCUCCUGUCACCUCCCUCCAACCCACUCACUACCAGAUCAGGGGUGUGCCAUAACAUGGAUGAGCAGAGUGGCACCUGUCGAGUCAGGGAGUAGGCGACAUAAGGAUCCCUUCAUAGAUCCUCCCUUGAGUGUCUUAGUCACAGAGAAAAAUAAGAGGAGGUGUACUGCCUCCCACGGGCAUCGAGCCAGCGGGGCGAGACCGAAAGCCUGGAGGCCUGGGCUGCAUCUGGGUGCCAGCAGUGGAUCAUGAAAAGCUUUGUUUGCUUAGACUGGAAAGUGGGGGAAGGGGGGUACAGUUGACUCAGACACUUUUCUCACAAGCCAGAUUUCACUUGAACACGUGGGCAGAAUACUUCAGAUGCUUAAGGUAUGGAAUGAGUUCAGUACCAUCUGGAAUUGUAGUUGAUAAAUUGCUUUUUUUUUUUUUUCCUCACUUAGAGACUAAAGAAAAUAGACAAGGGCAGCAUCUCUUGGUCCGCAGCUGGAAGAUUUUGGUUGCUCACACUUUGUUAAAGCAGUGCCACCUGUUUUGUAUCUAAAAAGCUCAAGGAUAGCUUCGGUGUUCCUGAGUGCUAAAGUUUUUUUUUCCCUCUUUUUCUCUUUGUUUUUGUAAGAGAGGGAAUAAGUGAUUUUGCUUGUAAAUUUUGAAUUAAAUAAAACCUUCCUGAGGUUGCGAUCAUGAGGCCACAGUAAGUUGGGAAGCAUUCCUCCUACCCACUUUCUUUUCCUACCUCGAGUUUCCCUCUGUCUCCUGUGUGAUGAGCAAGUAUGGAGCAGUCUGUGUCCCUUCCAUGCGUUGGAUGUUGGCAGCAGAGCCAGAGGCAGGAUGCUGCUCUGACACUCAACUCAAGAAGAAUGGGAGGCGGGGGAGAUAGCUCAGUGGGUAGAGUGCUCGCCUCGCAAGCACAAGGCUCUGGGUUCAAUCCCCGGCACCGCAAAAAAAAAAAAAAAAAAAACAGGAGAAUGGGAUGGGAAUCUCCAGAUGAUGAAUAGUCUUUUCAGCCUUAUUAUAUCAAUACCUGGAGUCUAAAAAUUUCGAAGAUUUUAUCUUCUCAUUUAAAAAUUUUAUCCUCUUGAAAAUCUUGUUGUUAACAAAUUACCUUAAUAAGUUCUUAUGACCAGCUUCACCUUUUCUGCAAAGGAGAUGUCCUUGAGGUUUACUAAGCCCAGAAGUCCAUGCUAAUAUUUACUAGGCAGUCAUAACAUAGUUUAGAAAUGCUAAGGCUUCAGAUUGCCUAAUACUGUGGUCACAAAUGUACAAUUUAGAUACGACUGAUUUAGAAAUAAGCAACUUGGUAAAAUCUCUAGACUCUGAUCAACCUGCCAUUUGCUUUCUGAAAGAAUUUCCAAAACCAGAGCAGAUGUGUCUCUAAGCAGACUCGGCUCCAUAAUAUUUUCCUCUUGGCCCACCCCAUUGCCUCCUCUGAGUCUCUGUGGUCCUGUAGGCACUCUGCUCUGCACCAUGCUAGGGAGCUUCCUGUUUGGCAGCAUAUGUUUGGCAGCAAAGCUAUAGAGACAGGUGCAUUCAGACAGCCUGGGCACCAGUCAUGAGUCUUACUGAGUGUCAAAAAUCUGAAAACACUUGCUGAGAACCAAAUGUAUUCCACUGGAAAAACCCUCUGUGGAGCUGUAAGCCCCUUGGACUCUUCUUCCUAGACUAAGUUUGCAGUUCCCUUCCUGUCACUAAAAGAGGAGGAAAGCCUUCAUCGGUCCUUACUGCUGAGUGGCAGGGAGAGGCAGCCCCCACCUCCAGGUCCCCUGUGAUCUUGCAGCUAGAGCUGGAAGUCUCUAGGCGCUUAGCAUGGGUGUUCUUUCCCUAAUUGAGCUGGAAGCAGAUGAACCCAAGUAGAGAAGCUAGAUCUUGGAAGGAGGUAUCCAUUGAGGCCAGCAGCCAGAUCAGCAAAUGGAGGAAGCUUGGACAUAACCAGAAGAUCUCCGUGGGUUGCACCAGGCUGUAAGUAGUAAUGGCCUUAGCACUGCAUGAUGUCAUUUGGUCUGAAGUACGUGGCAUAACUACUGUUUUCUAAAAGUGAGGAGUCAGUGUUAGCUCAGGCCAGACCUUAAGAGAACUUCUGGCAGAUUUUAUUGGCAAUAUUGAAACAUCUAGAAAAAGUUUCUGAUUGAAUUGGUUAUGGAAAUGGAAUUCAAUGACAUUUGUAAUUUAUUACUCUCUGCUUUUUAUCAAUUAUAGUAUCGUCUGACUUCUCUAUUAUAAUUCUUUUCAGCAGUAAAGUAAUUCGUGCAUAAAUUGAAGUGAUUUUCCAGCUAUGAAUUCUGUAAGUUAGGAGUUUAUUUACCAAAUGUGAAUUAUUUUGAGAAAGUAUGAAGUUAUGUAGAAAUUGACUGUGAAUGUCAGAGAAAAAUAAAAGUCACUUACUUGAAAACUG